CCUAGCAACAGCGCAGGCUCCCGGCCGAGUCCGUUAUGGCCGCAGCCGCCUUGGGGAGGAUGAGGGGGGCCUCGCAAGUGAACCAGCUUCCCGGGCCCGGCAUUCAGACCCCCGGAGGGCUGGUGUGGAUACUGGUCCUCGUGCUCCUGCUGUCGUCCGCCAUGUCCACUGCUCAAUCACUAAAAGAUUCAACGGACCAAACUGUACAAAGCUCACAUAUUUCUACUUCAAAUAYGAAAGCUGUAACACAAGAAAACCUGAUCAAAUCUUCUAUUUCCCAUAUCAGUACCACUCUCCCUCCUGCAACCAGUACAGAGAAAAGUGGAAGAACAUCUGCAGCCCCCCAUCCCUCCCCUACCACUUCUCUGUCCCAAGAGGAAGCUGAUAACAAUGAAGAUCCAAGCAUAGAGGAGGAGGAUCUUCUCGCACUGAAUAGUUCUCCAUCUACAGCCAAAGACACUGUGGACAAUGGAGAUUAUGUAGAAUCAGACUAUGACUGGACCACCAGCCCCAGGGAUGAGUCCGAUGAGACUUUAGAAGAAAACAGGGGUUACAUGGAAAUUGAACAGUCAGUGAAAUCUUUUAAGGCCCCAUCCUCAAAUGUUGAAGAGGAAGACAGCCAUUUCUUUUUUCAUCUUAUUAUUUUUGCUUUCUGUAUUGCAAUUGUUUAUGUUACAUAUCACAAUAAAAGGAAGAUUUUCCUCCUAGUUCAAAGCAGGAAAUGGCGUGAUGGCCUUUGUUCCAAAACAGUGGAAUAUCAUCGUCUAGACCAGAACGUUAAUGAGGCCAUGCCUUCUCUGAAGAUUACCAAUGAUUAUAUUUUUUAAAGCACUGUGAUUUGAGUUUGCUCAUUAUAUAAUUUUAUUUGCUUGACUUUUUAUAUGAUAUUGUGCAGUUGUUUGCCAUAGGCAGUUGGUACUUAAAUGAGAGGYGCAUUUCUCUCUUUUGCCUUGGUGCUUUUGAAAUUGAAUGUCACAAACAGGGAGUAUAUGAUUUUUAAAUCUACAUUUUUAGAGCUGAAUUCAAUCAGGUGUUGUCUGAAAUGUGAGUUAAGCAUUACCUUACAUUUACACUGGUAGUUUUUGUUAUUUUCCAUUCAUUGUACUUGUUCUGGAAGUAAUGCUACUUUUAAAGAUCCCAGACUUGUAACUAAAUUCUAACAUAGUUAGUACUAUUGACUUAGAGUCAUUCUAUGCCAUCCAGGUACUAUUUUUUAAAGACACAUUACUUUGCAGUCCCAAACCAAAAGGUGCAAGGGUAUAUGUAAUAGUACUUUGCAUUCAAGUAACACACUUUUUUCUCUAAAAGAAAAUUGCUUUGUGUAUUUUAGGCAAUUAAAAUACAGUUUAAGAUAAUGAGACUGCUCAAUCCCACUACAGUUUUAGGUAGCAUAUUAAA